UUCCCCUUUCAACAUUUUUGUCAUUUUUGUCGUGCUACGUCAUUUCAACCCACAAAAAAAACCCUAAUCAAAACCAAAUCUAUGAAGUUAAAGACCUGAUUUAGAGAGAGAAACAGAGUAAGAGAGAGAGAGUGUGUGUGUCAAGGCUCAUCAAGACUCCAAAAGAUUUCACUAUAUAAUGCCCUUGUUUUGUGCUAAUUUUGCUAUAAGAGUCCCACAUGCCUUGAUUCAUAGUAGAAGGAGCAAUUUCAUUCCCAACCAUGUAGCAAGUUCAUUCCUUUUGUUCUUAGAUAGCAAAAAAAGUAUAGGAUCUUCAAAACCCAUUGUUUCUCUGUCAAAAUUUAAUCAAACCCAUCUUUGUUCUUCAACAAUGGAGGAUCAGAACCAGUUGGUGUUGACUUCCUCAGAGCCAGAGAAGUACUCCAAAGAACUGGAAGUGGCUGUCAGAGCUGUGCAGAUGGCAUGUUUGCUGUGUCAGAGAGUACAAGACAGUUUGGUUUCUCAAACCAAUGGUCAAGUCCAGUCCAAGGAUGACAAUUCCCCAGUUACAAUUGCAGAUUGGAGUGUCCAAGCAACUGUCAGCUGGAUACUGACCGAAUAUUUUGGAAGUGAAAAUGUAUCCAUUAUUGCUGAAGAAGAUGUUCGAUCACUCUCCAAAGCUGACUCGUCAGGCCUACUAGAAGCUGUGGUGAAGACAGUGAAUAAAUGUCUAUCCAAAGCACCCCAAUUCGGACAUGAAGGUCCAAUAAAGGAUCUUGGAACUUCGGAGGUACUUGAGGCCAUUAGUCGGUGCAACUCAACUGGGGGUCCCACUGGAAGAUUUUGGGUGCUCGAUCCCGUUGAUGGCACAUUAGGGUUCGUACGUGGUGAUCAAUAUGCCAUUGCUUUGGCAUUAAUAGAAGACGGAGAAGUUGUGCUCGGAGUUCUUGGGUGCCCUAACUACCCUAUGAAGAAGGAAUGGCUAAGUUAUCAAAAUGGCUACCGUAGAAUUAUGUCUAAGUUGACCCCUCCAACAUCGGAAUCUUGGGAAAAAGGUUGUGUGAUUUAUGCGAGGAGGGGUAGUGGCAAGGCUUGGAUUCAGCCGUUACUCUCUGGUGACAAGAAGUUUUUGUGGCCAAACUCUGCAAGACAAAUACAAGUUUCGUCCAUUGAUAACCCGGCAUUCGCUACCUUUUGUGAACCGGUUGAGAAGGCAAAUUCAAGCCAUUCCUUCACAGCAGGAUUAGCUCACAGUGUUGGGCUUAGGAACCAACCGUUACGUGUGUACAGCAUGGUGAAAUAUGCAGCCAUAGCGCGUGGGCACGCGGAGGUUUUCAUGAAAUUUGCUAGGGCAGGCUACAAGGAGAAGAUAUGGGAUCAUGCAGCUGGUGUAGUUAUUAUUCAAGAGGCUGGUGGUGUAGUAACUGAUGCUGGAGGGCGGCCACUGGAUUUCUCUGGAGGUACAUAUUUAGAAGGUCUUGAUCGGGGUGUUAUUGCUUGUUCUGGAGCCAAACUACACGAGAAGAUCAUCAGGGCUGUUGAUGCUAGCUGGAACUCCUCUAGCCUAUGAUGUUUGCAGUUUAUACCCUCAUAUCAGAUCAUCUGAUCUUGAGAUGGGUGAAGUCACCGGUAAUGUUUCACGGUCCCUAUUUGAUGAUACCAAGGAUUGUGUUUUUUAACUACAUACAAGAACAUGCAAAUGCGCAACUAUACUGAAAAAGAGUUGGGGUUCUUCUGGGGAAAGUACCUGGUUUCUUUUUUCCUUCUUGCUCGUGAUCAUUGUUAGUUUGAGAGGUUUAUGAUUCUUGAAAACUGUUAUAUAUACUGCUGCAGUAAUGUUUACAUUCAGUUGGUAUAUAUCAAUAUACACCUUAUACAAUUGUUCAAAUAGACAGUCAAUUGUAUGAGUCCUAAUUUAUUGAUAUACAACUUGAACUGUUCAGCCUUUGAA